UAUACAUAUAUCAAAUGAAAAUUCUAAGUAAUCCCUUUCUUGCCCUAAAUCCAAGACGCCUAGACGAACGCCGUUCGCAGGGAUGGCCGUACUUGCGCCGAACCACAUCGCACAUAGCCCAGUUUCCCGGGGUCUCCAAUGUGCAGGAGCAGGAUGAUAGCCAGAACCGGCUUUCUGCCCGCCACAAAUCCAUCAUUCACAUCGUCAAGAUGGGCAUUCUGUUGCUCCUGUGGUUUAUCUGCACAUGCAUUGUGUUCGCAUUUGCCGCCGAGAAGAGUCCGCGGAGCACGAUGGUGACCGUGAUGCCCAACGAAACUGCUUUCAGGAAGGUGGAGCUGCCCAGCAAUGGAAUCAAGAUCACCCUGCUUGGACCCGUGGAUUGGAUUCACAUGAGGUUUCCGGAUGAGCAUGAGCAAGUGUAUGGGGCGGGCUUGCGGGUGGAGUGGCGCAGCUCCGACUUAAAUGAGACAUAUCGCCGGACGGACAUGUGGAAUAUUGCCAUGGAGAGCGAUGACACGAAGUACGACGAAGUGUCGAAGAACUUCAGGAUUCCACGGGCAGGCGGGGAAGAUGCGCAGGCGGUGGUCUCCCUGGAGAGUAGGUGUGAUCACCCGGUGUCCCUGCACAUGGUGCUGGAUACAGGCCCUCUCAUCACGGGCAUGGGCGUCGUUUACGCCGGCAUCCUGAUCCUCGGGCUCUAUAUGCUGAUCAUUUUCGACGUCAUAGAUCACACCUUUGCCGCUCUGAUCACCGCAACCACCGCCAUUGCGAUUCUCGCUGUUCUGGACCAUCGGCCCAACUUGCAUACGAUUGUGUCCUUCGUUAACUUCGAGCCCCUGAUGCUGCUCUUCGGGCUGAUGACCAUUGUGGACAUCAUGGCCACCACUGGCGUCUUCGAUUACCUGGUCGUUGGCACCUAUAGACUGGCCAGGGGUCGUUCUUGGCCCCUGAUAUGUUUCCUGUGCAUGCUGACGGCCAUUCUGUCCGCCCUCCUGAACAGCGACAUCAUGGCUGUGGCACUCACCCCGAUAACCAUUCGACUGUGCGAGGAGAUGUCCCUGCGCACCACCUACGUGCUGGUCAUAGUGGCCAUAUUCGCGGAUAUGGGUGGCGCCCUAACUCCCUUGGGAAAUCCGCCAAACGCGAUCGUAACCACCAAUCCGGCGGUGAUGGCAGAAGGAGUUGACUUCGUUAACUUUUUCGUACACAUGCUGCCGGGAGUGCUGGUCGCCAUGAUCGUGGUCUUCGGAAUAGUGUACGUCACCCACAGAAAGAGCAUCUUUGUGGUGGACCAACAUCAGCAGGAUCUGAUGGAGGAGCGGGUCAGGGCGAAGGAGGCGCCCUCCCAGACAACCCUGGAACGCAUAGCUCGGCUGAAGGAAAGGCAGCCAGGUAGGUAUUGGUUCAAGCCCGUGGAUAACUAUGCGGAAACGCUGGCCGCCUUGGAGGCGAGUAGCCGGAUCCGGGACAGGCCGCUGCUGAUCAAGUGCUGCAUCGCCCUGACCUUCGCCCUGCUCUGCGUGGUCCUGCACUCGAUACCCGGUGUGGCGGCCGGGGCCUCCCUGGGUUGGGUCACCCUGCUGGCCGCCUUCCUGCUGAUCAUCCUGGAAAACAAGCACGACCUGCACGCCAUCCUCGGCAUAAUCCAGUGGACCAGCCUGCUCUACAUCGCCGCGCUCUUUGUCUUGUCGGAGGCUGUGGAUCAGCUGGGAUUCUUCGAAUGGCUCGGGGACAGGACGGUGGUAUUCCUGGCGAGCCUGGAGCCGCAGCAUCAGACGGCGGUGACCACCAUGACGCUGCUCUGGUCGACCGCCCUACUCACGAUCCUGAUUGACAACGCGGCCGUUACCAUAUUUAUGCUGAAGUUCAGCUUCCAGAUGGCCAGCAAGGACGACAUUCCACUGCCCCCCAUGUUCUGGGCCCUCACGUUCGGUGCCUGUUUCGGGGGAAACGGAUCCCUGUUCGCCUCCGUUUCCAACGAGAUAAUCGUCUUGAUCGCCCUUCAGCACGGCUACAAGAUUUCCUUCUGUCACUUCUUCAUAAUCGGGUUUCCACUGAUGCUGGUCACCAUGGUUAUCGGUUCCGUUUACCUUCUAAUUGCGCACUCGGCCUUAAGUUGGAAUUAACACUGUAAACGCAAAUUUCGAAAUUUAAACAGAAGGAUUAAAGUCUCCCACGAUUUGUAUACAGUCAGAAAACUUUCCUGCGAAUAAAGAAUGCGAACAAUUCAA